AUGGCGACGCUGGAGCGUCUUCUCGUGGACGCGAGCGCGUCGGAGGCGGAGGGGUUGUUGGGAGAGGCGCUGCGCGAGGCGAGGGAGGCGGAGGACCCGGCGAGCGCGGUCGAGGGCGUCGUCGCGGUAGGGGUUAGACAUCGGUUGGGCCGAGUUCGACGCGCGACGUUGAGCGCGCUCGCGGACGUCGCGAGGGAGUGGUGCGAUCGGAGAGAUUUGACGUUUGCGCUCACGGGCGGCGGGUCCGGGCGGGUGAAUCACUUUGGCGCGUUGACGCGCGACGUCUCGCCGCACGUACGAGCUGAGUUUGUGCGGUUGUGCGACUCGCUGUUACGCGAUGAAAACGGAGAGGUGUGCGCGCACGCCCCUCGCGUUUUGCCGUACGUGCUCAGCGCUCUCGGGGACGACAUAGACGACGUGAGACGGGUCGCGGAGGCCGUAUCCACGAGCUCGUUGACCAACUUUCAGGACGUCGUGUGUCGAAACCUUGGGGAUAUGCUCCUCCCAACGCUCGCCGAACUCAAGAACCACGCCGAAUCAGGCUGGUCCGAGGACAUCAUCGUCCGCGCGUUGACUUUGACCGAGACCAUGGUACGCGUUGCGGAGAAUCGCUCAACGCAGUUCGUUCCAAAUGUGUGCGACGCUUUACUCCACGCGUGGUCUUCGACCGAGCCGGGGAACGCGAAACGACGGCGGAUCAUAAAGAACGUGCGAGACACGCUCACACGUUCGUGUCCAGACGCGAGCGAAUACGUGAGCGCGAUUUUGCAAUUUGAUGAUUAA